UGUUUGAUCUUCCGUGCUGGGCACAGAACGAACAUUGGCAAACUUUCAAACCAAACUCGCCCCUCAGACACGUUUCUCCUUCACCGUACAACCGAAUUUGACGCACUUAGACCGGUCUUCCUACGGGAGCGACGCAUCUAAGCAAAGAGAAUAUGUUUUUGAAACUUCUGAUCGUAGCAAUCCUGCUCAUUGGUUUAGCACACGGACAUCCACACAGUCUACGUAGAAAGAGUUCGCACAUCAAUUGCACUAAGAAUAUCCCAGUGGAAGGACGCCGUUUGUAUGCUAAUCUUUCUUUAAUUUUGGCAUCGGGUAAGCGUGAAGCAUGGUGUUUCACAUCGGCCACUAGAAGUGUCCGAGUCGUUCCGACUGACACCCACGCUGCCUCCGGAUUAUCGGGAGCAUCGUUCUGUGACACUCGAGACUUUGACGUUUUUGACGGAUGUAAUGCGACAAAUAAGGGUGAGAAAAUCAAAAAAGCUAAAUGCUCAAUCUAUGGAUGGCAUUCGAAGACGAAAUGCCUUAAGAUUGUGUCGAAAAGAGGCAAACACCAUUGGAAGAAACAGCAUCACUGGAGAUAUGAUCGCCUUUGGUACCUCGCCGUUGAUAUAAAUGAUCAUAAAUCAUUACACAGAAUAAGUUUUAUCCGAGAUGGCCCGGCCCGCCCAACAGGUAUAGUGCAAAAGAAAACGUUUCGUAAAAGGGGUGAAAGUGGUAGUAUACAAUCACCGAACUAUCCUGGCAGCUACCCGAAUAACCGCGAAUAUACAUACAAUAUAGAACUCCGAGAAAAUCAAAGAGUUGAACUGAUUUUCAGACGGAUAGAUCUUCAGAAAAACGGAAAGACGAGCUCUUGUGAGGAUAAUAUCGAGAUCUACGACGGAUUCACGUCUUGGUCAUCGCGACUUUAUAAAAUCUGUGGUGAUGGUAAUGGAUUUAUAAACAAAGCGAUCAUCGCAAAAAAUAAUAAACUUAAAGUAAAGUUCGUCAGCGACGGAGUGAAUGGAAAUAACAAAGGAUUCAAUGCGUCCUAUAGCGUCUAUCAGACACCUAUUGUGACGAACAUGACCCAGAAAGUGACAGGAGUGGUUAUUGGGACAGCCUGUGGCUUAGUCUUUCUUGCUUUGACCUUCCUGGCGAUCUGUCAUUCCAGAAGGCUGACAUUGCUAUACUUUUUCAGAAGACAUAACGAUAUACAAUCAUUAUACGCACCCGAUGUCGUACAAGAAGACGGGCCACCCUCCUACGGUGAUGUGAUGGCCUCGCCUGAAAAGUACCCCCUUACUGGAAUCUCAAAACGCAAGAAAGACUACUACGUCGAAAUACCGGAGAACGAAGACCUCCCUCCUUACCCCGGGCUUAUCACCCGCGCAGGGCCUGGAGAAGACGUCCAAAGUUCUGCCGACGAAAGGGAGAUGUCCAGAGAUGUUGAAACCGUCGAGCUCUUGCGCAACGUCCAGGCAAAUGUCGUCAGCGGUAGUCGUGAACCUCGCGACAGCGAAAGCGACGUCACGAGAGAAAGUGACGUCGCGAGCGAUGGUUACAUCACUAGAAGUUACUUGAGAAAGGGGAGUCACCCCAAGGAUGAAGAGAGAGAGAAAACGCAUGUCAUAAACGGAAGUGACGUCGGUGAACGUGACGUCAGAGAAAGUUACGUUGGCGGAAGUGACGUCGGUGGGAGUGACAUCAGUCGAAGUGACGUCAGUGACAGUGAAAUGGAAAAAGGAGCCGUCAAUCGAAGAGAUGAGGGUAAAAAUAGUCUCUCGGGAAGCGAGUUGAGCAUGACCAACAAAUACGAUGUUCAGUUACGGGGGAUGAAAAGCGAGGACGGACGAGAAACGUUCAUUCAUCAGACAUCUACAAACGAAAUAACAACUGAUGUUUAGAGGAAAUAUUGUAUAUAAAUAACUGCACACUUGGACUUCGCACAUCUGCACAUAAUUCAUUGGCAUAGCGAAAUUAUUAUAGUACGAGGUCAGACGAAAGAUCCCAUCAAAUGUGGUUUAGGAACUGCCUCAGUUAAAAAAAAACUUCGAGUGCGUCAUAGACAGAGUCUUCGUCGGGAGAGUUAUGAGGACAUUUAGAUCGAAACCUCGAGAGGUUUUCUUGCAAACUUGAGGCAGUUCUUGCUAUUUUUUCCCAAGUGCAGUCUUUAACUGAUCGCAAUGUUUGGCUUAGCUGUAGCGCUGUUAUUCUGUGGCGUGAACAACGUAAUAACUUCAAACAUUGAUUUGAAGAAAAACCACUGAUAUUUACCAAGGCUGGAUAUAGAAUCCUACUGUAUUCCAAUGAGUCCAUCUCGAAGCCAAAAUAUUUUCUACUAAGAAGGAUUUAUUUACGUCUCAAAUUCUGCCGGACUAAAGUCAAACCUCUUAGUCUUCGUUCUUAAAUUAGGUAUAUAUAUAUAGGCUGUAAGGCGAAUAUAUUCUCCUAUAAGACACCAUAUUUGGUAAAGUACAGUUAAAAAAAUUAGUUUUCGAAUGUUUAAAAUUGCUGGGUAGCUUGAAUUGAUGAAUUACUAUCUUUAAAACAUUUUUUAUCCGCGACAACUAAAAAGGUAAAAAAAACUUUGUAUAGACAUACCCAUGCACAACAACAUCAAAUUAGAUUCACUAAGUAGGCCUCUAUUCAACAUGGCCCCUUCGACUUAUAUUCAUAAUUUCAUAGCAGAUGCGUGCUUCAGUCUAGUCUUAGUCUAUAUCAGUGACAAAAACCUAUUCGUGACGUGUUAUGGAAAGGCUUGCGUGGGAUUUAGUCAAGAUGGCGACGAUGCUGUUGCUUGUGCAUUUGCUAAAAGUCCUUGGCUCCUUGCAUGGUGUAAAAGAUCUUUAUUGUAUGCCAAUAGUUUGAAGUUGAAAUUAUUGUGAGCAAAUAAUUUUAAAUCUAGCAGAAAAUGUAGCAAACAUAAAUACAAAAUUCAGACAAUUUUUCUAUAUGAUGCACAAUAUUCUGACAUUUUCAGUGGUGUUCAGAACUGCGAAAUGGAAUUGUUAACAUGUAUUUCUUAGCUUUAUGGUCAGACAGAGAUAGCCCAUCAGCUAUAAUGUAAAUAGUUUAUCCUGUAAAUUCGAAACUCUGUAGAUUUUAAAAAAUAAACUUGCGGGAGA